GCAAAACACAGUAACACAUAUGGCAACCCUAAAUAGGUGAAUGAAGGAAUUUUGAAGAAAUAGAAAGAAGUCACUAAUUUAUGCGAGACAGCGUCUUUAUUUUGAGAUUCAAUUGCUUAACUAUUUGUGAUAGUUUCGAAAUAAUACGCGGUGCCCUUGUACAACAAAACUAAGUUGGUGUACAGGGUCCAAAUUUUAAAAUUAUAUAUUGUAACCAAGUGAUCGUAGUGUAAUUAAACUCCAAAAUGGGUGAUCAACAAUUUUUCCUGAAAUGGAAUGACUUCCAAACAAAUAUGGUGACAUCUUUUAGGCAUUUGAGAGAUGAGAAAAGCUUUACAGAUGUAACGUUAGCGUGUGAAGGUCAGACCUGCAAGGCACAUAAAAUGGUCCUGUCAGCGUGUAGUCCGUACUUCAAAAGCUUAUUAGAGGAGAAUCCGUCAAAGCAUCCGAUUAUAAUCCUGAAGGAUGUAUCGUACCUCCACCUGCAAGCUAUACUGGAGUUCAUGUACGCUGGGGAAGUCAAUGUGUCCCAAGAACAGCUGCCCGCCUUCCUCAAGACAGCCGCUCGGCUUAAGGUGAAAGGCUUAGCCGAGCCCCCACCACAGAUGCCAAGCAUCAAACGGGAAGGCUAGCCUUAGUGCAAGCAAGUGUAAAGACUAUAGUGACCUAUGUAUCACCUACACACACAUAACAUUACUCACACA